AUGGCCGUGUUUCAUGACGAAGUAGAGAUUGAAGACUUCACUUACGACGAAAUGAACGAACUCUACCACUAUCCGUGUCCUUGUGGAGAUCGUUUCGAAAUCACAAAGUGGGUUCUCAUUGUUGUUCAACUUCUGUCCAUUGCACUUCAGCCAUCUGUUUCAAGGGAAAUGCUCGAAAUGGGUGAGGAUGUGGCAACAUGUCCGAGUUGUUCGUUAAUGGUUCGGGUCAUCUACGAUCCAGAUUUGUUCAUCAAAUUGGAGACACUCACAAUAUCGACGCCGGCGCUAACCCUUACCGAUCCUGCAUGA